AUGCAAAAACUAACUAGAAACUUAUUCAAAGGAGAAGUAUCUCAAAUAAUGAAGCAGGAAAUAUUUUUGAAGAAAAAUAUUAAAUCAGCAAAGAGUCUAUCUCAAAUAUAUAGCGAUAAAGAUUACAUUAGUAGGACAGACAAGAUUAUGGCACAGUACGACAUUGAAAAUGCUACAAUACCAAUAAUAAAAUAUAAUAAGGAUGAAAAAUUUAUUUGGGCUACGGUUUACAACAACUACCUUAAGAUCUUAGAAAACCAUGCAUGUGAAGAGGUAUAAGAUGCAUUUGAUAGAAUUUCAAAAAGUGUUAAGUUAUCAGAAAAUGAAAUUCCUCAGCUCAAGACUAUUUCGUCGCAAAUUCAGAUGCACUAAGGAUGGAAAGUUAGACCUGUUCCCGGUUUAAUAUCUGACUAAGACUAUUUAGAAGGGCUUUCUAACCGUGUAUACUGCUCUACUCAGAUUAUUCGUCGAACGGAUGACCUUCUAUUCUCACCUUACCCUGAUUAUAUCCAUGAUUUAUUGGGCCACAUUAUUCCUAUUGGAUCUAAAAAAAUAGCUCAAAAUCUUUAAAAACUGGGAACAUUGUCUUUAAAUGCUUCUCCUGAUUAAAUCCAAUAAAUUGCAUCUAUUUACUGGAAAAUUUUUGAAAUGGGUUUCAUUAAGACUAAAAACAAUGAAUAUAAAGCAUUAGGUGGAGCUGUAUUAUCUUCAUACUAGGAAUUAUAAAACAUCAGUAGUUCUAAUGUGAAGAUUGAACAUUUAAGAAAUUUAUAGAUUGGGAAAAAAUAAGUUAAUGAUGAGUUACUCUAGAAUGAAUACUUCUAUAUCGAUAGGAUUGAAGACAUUGACGAAGUAAUCGAAAACUUAAGAAAAUCUUGGGAAAACGAGAGUAAUAAGACAGAUUAUUUCAUGAUACUAAAUAGCAAGUAAAUUAAUGCUCCAUACUAAUUUACAUUUUUUAAUAAAAAUUAUUGA